AUGAGCUCUUCCAUCCCCUCUGACGGCUCUGACCAAGUUGUCAAGAUCGACCUCAGCGCUUACAGACACACUGGCACGGGCUACAGACCUACUGGCAAUGACUACACCUUCCCCGGCCCUGAAGACUUCCUCAAGUCUCUCAGCAAGCACUUCAACAAGCAGUUGGCCUCUGACCCUGUUCUGAAGGCAGAAUUCGGUCAUCACUACCACGUCAAGUUCACAGCCCUUCCCACCGGCUACACCGUAGUCAAGCACAAACGCCCCGACAAAACCCAGGAUACCGAGAUUCAUGGAAACUUCUCUGGUAUUGGCUCUUUUGUUUCGGCCCCUCAGUUCCUGAAACAUGCUAUUGCUAUCAUGAGACUGGACUUGGUCGAUUCGCUGGAGUUGAGACCUGAGUUCUUGAAGCAGCCUGAUCGUCUUGAGUGCGAGUGUGUUCUCUGCACCAGAUCCACUGCUGAGGCUUCUUGGAUCAAGAAGAAGGAGGAUCAGGAGGCUAAGAGAGGACAGCAGGAGUCUGGUGUUUGA